AUGUCAAAUCCAAAUGAGUUUGUUGACUUGAAAGAGAAAAAAGUGAAUAUUUCUGGCCAUGUUAUCCAGCCAAGUGAUGUUCAGCCUCAAACCGCCCAUUCAAGUACAAAUGAAGUAUCUCUUACUUCACAAAAACAGUAUCCACAAGGGAAGAAAACUGUCCCAAAAGGAUUUGCAACUGAUCCUACGUUGGACAACUUUAAUCAGCUUCCGAAUCCAAAAUUACAUGAGGAAAAAUCAAAAACUAAAGUACCAGCAGCCACAACUGAUCAGUCAACGAAAACAUUUAUAGAAGGUCCGUCAGUACCACUGACUGACGAGGCAAAUGCAAAUGAAUUUGGUGUGGAUUUGAAAAAGAACACCAGUAAAGAAACGUUUGACGUUCCAGCCAAACGAUACACACCAGGGACUGUGAAAUAUACAGGAGUUCGUGCACUUGAAGAUAUGGUUAAUGAUUUAUGGAAUCUUUUGGAUGAAGUAACAGGGUGUAUUGUUGAUGAGACAUGUGCCCCAGAGUCAGAUUGCUAUGAAGAGAAUGUACAUUUUGUGAGGAAAAAAUGUCUCGGUCGAGGUUCGUACGGUGCAGUUAGUCUUUGUCAGGAUAAGAAAACACAAGAACAGUUCGUCAUAAAACAGGUUCCAAAGAAUAAGUUAAGAUCAAGUGAAAUAAUUGUACCAUCUAAACUGAAUCAUCUUAACCUGACCAAGUGCUACGGUCUUAUACAGCGAUACUACGAUAAAGACAAGGGAAAUCCAACCAUGGAGUUGCUGCUUGAGUAUUGCGGGCUUGCUAUAAACAAGUAUUAUGAUCAGUUUGGACUUCUCACUGAUGCACAAAAAUGGGAAGUUUCAAAGCAAGGAUGUGCGGGCUUAGAUCACAUGAGCAGUAACAACAUAGUGCACCUGGACAUCAAACCGGAGAAUAUUUGUAUCAAGGUUAGGGCAAAUGGAUAUGUUGUAGUAAAACUGACGGACUUUGGCUCAUCAAGACUCUCAGAAGAACCACUAGAAUUUGUUGGAUUGACCUAUGAAUAUUUGGCGCCUGAAGUUUGCAAGAUGUUUCUCCAACGCCAGCUAGUUCGAAAGUUUGGAUUGAGUAGAGAGGAUAUAACAGGAAAAGUUGAUACUUUUGCCUUCGGACUCGUGAUAAUGUUCUUAUUUAAAGGGUACCAUAUCCUUGUCAAGUUCAUUACCAAUGGGAAUUUAAACUACAAUGGUAUAAGUAAAGACAAGUUAAGCCAGAUGCGCAGGAAACUAAUAGAACUGAUGGCUGACAGUCGUACAGAGUUUGUGCAUGACCUGAUACCAGACGAGUGUGACUCGAAAAUGAGAUUUCUUCUGAGGGAGCUGACUCUACUCAACCAUCAUGAUCGGUUCAGUGCACGACAAGCUCUAGGCUACAUUGAAGAAAUAGCUAAAGAUAGUAUGGAGAGCGAGAACGACCCAGUAGAGAAAAGAACAAAGGGUGCUCCUGGUAUGGAACUGAAUCCUUUCAAAAAGUGUUUAUCAAUCACUGAAGGGAAUGCACCAAUAUCGCUCAACAACGUGUCUCCACAAACACACCAAAUGUCAGAAGAAUUUACUUGUAUCAGACCUAAAGUAAGAAAAACAAGAGCUAAUGACAUUGAUUCCCUUGGUCGUAAAGCAACCAUAAAGCCUGAAGUUUCCUUGAAAAUGCCGCAGAAGCUAGCAAAGGAACAGGAAAUGGUAAAGCAAUAUGCUCCCACAGAUCAGCAAGAGAUUAGACAGAAAAGGGUAGAAGAGGUCAAUUUUCUGACUGGUCAAACGAAGAAGAUGAAAACAUUUGGAAAUAGUCCAUUACAAAUGGACGUGCAGGAGGAGGAAAUCAAGGAGGAGGAGGAGGAGGAAAGAAAGGCGUCCGCACUCCCAAACUUUUCCAUGUUACUGUAAAAGUGGACUGGUCAAAGCUUUUACAGAGACAAGGACUAUAUUAGUUCUCUUCAACAUUUAAGAAUUGUUUUCUUUUAUUCAUUGACUUCUUUGCGUGUUUUACAUAUGUUUUUUUUCUUUUAUUUUCAUUUUAUCUUUGAAUGUAUAAUAAUGAUAUUUCUCUAAGUGUUGAAACGUGUACUGUUUAGGAGUAUAACGAAACUCCUUCAGAAAUGAGUUUAUAUUGUAUAUGAUAUUUAAACAUAGCUUUAAACUUCAUUUGUGUGAUUAUUAAGUUUUUAUUUUCUGAAAAUCGGUUAGGUCCACACUUUACCUGAUCCGCGAAUAUAUCGGAUGACAAAAAUCGAUAUGAUAACUAGUGUCUGUAUGUUUAUUUUACGUGUAUAUAAUGCUUCAAUUAAUCUUAUCAUUCAUGUAUUUUUGUUGUCUUUCUUUACAUUUUCUGUAUUUAAAUGAAGUCAACCCGGUAUAAUGGUAUCAGCGAGAGGCUGCUGACAGGCAGGUUAAUUGUUAUUUAGCAUCAUUGCUUAAAUGGAAGUAGACAUUGAAACAAAUAACAUUUUUCUUAUAUAAUAGAUGCAGUGUCAUUGAACAUGUUUUGAUUAAAGCGCCCAAGAAAAGUUUUUUUUCUGACUUUGAGACAGAUUUUUUACAAUGUUAUUUUCUGUCAUCAUUGAAUCAUUUUUUGUUCAAAGUCUGAUUAUUAUUGUAUCAAUUACAUAUAACGUUAUGCUUUUUGUUGUUAUUAUUAUUAUUAUUAGUGCCAUGAUUGUCUCUGAAUCGCACAUUUUAUAAACAUUUAUUGAACUGGAAAGGGGGAAAAUAGAGGAAUCUAAUGUCUACUUCUGUGUUGUGAAAUCGGGUGUUACAGCUUAGUAAAUCUUAAAUAACAUUAUCUACUGCUAUAGUUUGUCAAGAGCAAAAUAUUAAUUCUGAAAAUGAACAUUAGCGGUCUUUAGGAAGAGGAAAAAAGAAAAUGUUUUGUUGACAGGUGGUUUUAACUUUUUUUAAAAGGGAAAAUUAUUUUGCGCUCUUUACCAACAUUUUUUU